UCGUCGAGCGCCGUCGUUUUCCGUCGGCCGUCGCUGUGUGCGCGUUGGUUUUCGCGUCCGUGGCCCGUGCGAGAUAACUGCGAGUCGCCACUCGCGACAGUUUUGUUGCGCGCGCGCAGUGGGGGGCCCAUGUGACGUUUUGAAUUAUUUCCGUUUUUAUUUUCGUUCGCCGGGCCGCCGCGCGCCGUGGGUUUUUGCGGAAGUCUACGCUGUCCGCGCUCGUCCGUCCGGGACCAGGAGAUCUAUAUUUAAUCGCAUUCCAGCGGGACAAGUCACCGGAGUGCCGGACGCGUUUUUUCGCUGGACCGUUUGGCUUUGGCCUAGUUUCAAGAAAAAAUAACAACACGCAUAGGUAGGUGGUGUAUAGCUCUAUACAUUAUCGCACGAGUUGUAAUAAUAAAUCGUAAAAGGUCGACGACUUGGGCGCGUGUGUGUGCGAGCGUUUAUGCACCGCUGCAAUCGUCCCGCGUUUGUUUAUUGCCCGUGAAACGACGACGGCGACGGUGGUUCUUGUCCGGGUGUUACAAGCGCGCCAACACCGGAAAUGGAAAGAAAUCAUUAUCUGUCCGGUUCGUACGACGGUCUGUCCGACGGCGACCGCGACCAGCACCACUACCAGCGGCAGUACUUCAAGAGCUCGUUCGCCAAGUCGAUGGCGCUGGAGACGACCAAGUCGCUGAACUUUGCCGACCUGGACUUGACCGGCGGCGGCAACGGCCGGUACAACACCGUCGGAUCGCAGCGGCAGGUAAAUAGAAGACUUUCUCAAAGGUUUGAAACAAAUGAAAACAACGAAUCAUUCGAAUUUAUAAGAAAAGAAUACAAACAUUUACAAAAUCUUUACGACGACUUGCGUUCAAAACAUGAGACACUGAUGCAGAAAGAUGCCAAUGACCACCAGGCGCCUUGCAUCGAGUUGACAUUGGCAAAAUCCCAAGUAGACACUCUUCAGUGGCAAUUGAAGCAGGUCGAGGCUAGUAAUCAAAUGUAUAAAGCAGUGUUGGAACAAGUGUCUAAAUUCUUGGAAAAAGCGCACACGUCUUUAAACACGAACCACGACAAACCUAGUCUACCCAUUAAGAAUAGAAGACCAUCACUAAAGAGUAACAGAGGAGAAUAUACAGAAAAGUUAUCGCUAGAAGCAUAUAGAUUGUAUCGCACCGUUCAGUCUAUAAUUCAUACCAAAGAACCAGAUCUAGUCCAACACUUAACACCAUGCUAUAGUACAUUGUUUGAAAAGAACAGCAACUCUUCACUUUGCAGUUGUGAUUCUUUACCGGCCGUUUGUAAUGGUGUGAAAUGCUUGGAAGUUUCUAGUAGCAGUUCAAACCACAGUGAAACAUCUAUUAAGGGAUCAGACUUUUUCAAAAAAGAAACUAAGCAGAAAAAUAAUGUUAUUGAAGAUGAGAGUGGUUUCUCAUCAAUCAGUUCACACGAUAACAGUAAUUCUCCUACUUACCCUGAAUUGGGAUUGCCACCAACCGGACAUUUUCCAAUUGAUAAAGUUUCGAGAAGGUGGAGUUCUGUGUCCACUACACCUAUUAAUCAAUCAUUUAAUUACCACACGACUGGAAGUUCAAACACUUCGCCGCCUAUUAAAGUUUGUUGGGUAUAAAUUUAAUAUUAAGUGUACAAUAACAUAUUGUACAUAUGAAAGACUUAUGUAUUCAGUAAUUUAUUUUUAUUUAUUGUUUUCAUUAAUUUGUUUGAAAGUAUUAGCUGUAAUUGGCAUUCUUAAAUUUUUAUAUAUCAUGUUUUUCAUAAUCUUAGUAGUUAAUUUCUAAUGACUGUCACAUUUUUUAUUUAAAUUUUUUAUUUUGCCGUUCUAAUUUACAUAUUAUUAUAGCUUUAUCCUUCACUGUGUUUGCUUCAUAAUUUAUUAUUAGUUAACCCAGUGUAAUUUUAUAUUUUAUUUUCAUGAUAUAAUUUAUUUCUUCUGUUGUAC